AUGGGAUCCUAUUCAUUCCUUCCAAUUCUCUCUUUUAGAAAGCCACUGAUUGGACAAAUUUUGUCUUUAAAUGGAUUGAGAUUGUGUAAUGUAACAAGAGAAAAUAGCGAUGUGAUAACAGUAAAACUGAUCACAGAGGACCGAACAAAGUAUACAUUCAAAAUGAAAGGAAAAGACGGUGGUUUAUGGGUUGCAGCAAUUAUGAAUUGCUCACAAGUUGCAUUGAAUCAUGACACUCAUAGUGCAUACAAUGAUGGAAUAUCGUCAAAUAUAGCAAAAGAUCUUCAAGAUAAAACAGAUAAUAGUGCAUUCACUGGAUCAGGAGAGGGCUAUAAAUUACCACCAUUAGAGGAAUCAGAAAGUGAGAAAAAGAAACAAAAGAAGGAAGAGGAAGGUGGGAAUAACAACAAUCAAGGGGUCAAACAGUCGGAUAAUGGAGUACAGAAAUCAGGUGAUAAAAAAACUCAGUCUGAUAAAAAUCUGAAACCCGUUCCGUCCAAAACUAAAACGAAGAAUUCAACUACUACAACUGAGUCUGGGAAAGAUAAAAAAGAUAAAACUCUGGAUGCUCCCGCGAAACAGGAUGAUCCAGUUGUUCCUGUUCAACGUGCACACUCUGAUACGGAUAACAAUUUGGAUGCACAGUUGAAGAAGACUCAGACUGAAACUCCCGAUACUUCUGGAAAAGGUAAUGGCGAUACUCCGAAUAAGAAAACGGUGACACCUAUAUCCACAACUCCUGGGGCAGCUCUCACACCUACAGUAGCUGGAAUCGAAGGGAAUGAUGAAAAGAAGAAGACAUUGACAAAUUCAGACGAGAAUGAUCCUCCGGAGAAGAAAAACUGA